ACGCGCUGCCGCCGCCAUGUCCGAGUGCUCGGCGCUGCAGUUCGUCAGCCCCUACGCCUUCGAGGCGAUGCAGAAGGUGGACGUGGUGCGCCUGGCCGCGCUGAGCGACCCCGAGCUGCGGCUGCUGCUGCCCUGCCUCGUGCGCAUGGCGCUGUGCGCGCCCGCCGACCAGAGCCAGAGCUGGGCGCAGGACAAGAAGCUGAUCCUGCGGCUGCUCUCGGGGGUCGAGGCGGUCAACUCCAUCGUGGCGCUGCUGUCCGUGGACUUCCACGCGCUAGAGCAGGACGCCAGCAAGGAGCAGCAGCUCCGGCACAAGCUGGGAGGUGGCAGUGGAGAAAGCAUCCUGGUGUCACAGCUGCAGCACGGGCUGACGCUGGAGUUCGAGCACAGUGACUCUCCUCGGCGGCUCCGGCUGGUGCUGAGCGAGUUACUGGCCAUUAUGAACAAGGUGUCAGAAUCAAAUGGUGAGUUUUUCCUCAAAUCUUCUGAGCUCUUCGAGAGUCCUGUUUACCUGGAGGAGGCAGCAGAUGUUCUCUGCAUUUUGCAAGCAGAGCUGCCAUCACUGUUGCCAAUAGUGGAUGUGGCCGAAGCUCUGCUGCACGUUAAGAAUGGAGCCUGGUUCCUUUGCCUUCUGGUGGCCAAUGUCCCUGACAGUUUCAACGAGGUCUGCAGAGGUUUGAUUAAGAACGGCGAGCGGCAGGAUGAGGAGAGCGUCGGAGGCCGGCGCAGAACAGAAGCUCUUCGGCACCUGUGCAAGAUGAACCCUUCCCAAGCCCUGAGAGUCCGGGGCAUGGUGGUGGAAGAAUGUCACCUGCCAGGUCUUGGUGUGGCUUUGACCUUGGAUCACACCAAGAAUGAAUCCUCAGAUGAUGGAGUGAGUGACCUGGUGUGUUUUGUGAGUGGUUUGCUGCUUGGAACAAAUGCAAAGGUUAGGACAUGGUUUGGAACUUUCAUCCGAAAUGGCCAACAGAGAAAAAGAGAUAACAUCAGCUCUGUGCUGUGGCAGAUGAGGAGGCAGCUGCUGCUGGAGCUCAUGGGGAUCCUGCCCACGGUGCGCAGCACACACAUUGUGGAGGAGGCUGACGCUGACACCGAGCCCAACGUGUCCGUGUACUCAGGGCUGAAGGAGGAGCACGUGGUGAAGGCCAGCGCCUUGCUGAGGCUCUACUGUGCUCUCAUGGGCAUUGCUGGCCUCAAACUAUAUCCUGGGGAAGUUUUCUCACUGUUGUAUCUUACAGAGAUUUUUAUGUCUUGCCGCCCUCCCGCAACCCCGGCCGGUGUCCGCUUUGUGUCCCUGUCCUUCUGCAUGCUCCUGGCCUUCUCCACUCUGGUCAGCACUCCAGAGCAGGAGCAACUCAUGGUGAUGUGGCUCAGUUGGAUGAUAAAGGAAGAAGCCUACUUUGAAAGCAUUUCUGGUGUGUCUGCUUCCUUUGGAGAGAUGCUCCUCUUGGUGGCCAUGUAUUUCCACAGCAACCAGCUCAGUGCCAUCAUUGAUUUGGUCUGCUCCACCUUGGGAAUGAAGAUUGUUAUUAAGCCCAGCUCGCUCAGCAGAAUGAAGACAAUCUUCACACAGGAGAUUUUCACUGAACAGGUGGUUACAGCCCACGCUGUUCGUGUGCCUGUGACAGGCAACCUCAGUGCCAACAUCACUGGCUUUUUACCUAUUCACUGCAUUUACCAGCUCUUAAAGAGUCGUUCCUUCACCAAGCACAAAGUAUCCAUUAAGGACUGGAUCUAUCGGCAGCUCUGUGAAACCACCACCCCGCUGCACCCUCAGCUGCUUCCCCUUAUUGAUGUCUACAUUAACUCCAUCCUCACUCCUGCAUCUAAAUCCAACCCAGAGGCCACCAACCAGCCUGUCACUGAACAGGAGAUCCUGAAUGUUUUCCAAGGACUCUCUGGGGGAGAAAAUACUCGUCCCACCCAGCGCUUCAGCAUCACCACACAGCUGCUCGUCCUCUACUACGUCCUGUCCUAUGAAGAGGCACUGCUGGCCAACACAAAGAUUCUAGCUGCAAUGCAGAGAAAACCCAAGUCCUACUCCUCAGCAUUGAUGGAUCAGAUUCCAAUCAAGUACCUCAUCCGGCAGGCACAGGGGCUGCAGCAGGAACUGGGAGGGUUGCACUCUGCCCUGCUGAGGCUCCUGGCCACCAACUACCCCCACCUGUGCAUCGUGGACGACUGGAUCUGCGAGGAGCAGAUCACCGGCACUGAUGCCCUGCUCAGGAGGAUGCUCCUCACCAACAUGGCCAAGAACCACUCUCCCAAACAGCUCCAAGAAGCCUUUUCCAUGCUGCCUGGAAAUCACACCCAGCUGAUGCAGAUCCUGGAACAUUUGACUCUUCUCUCAGCUGGAGAAUUGAUCCCCUAUGCAGAAGUGUUGACGUCGAACAUGAAUCUCUUGCUGGAAGCUGGAGUCCCACGGGGGAUUCUGCAGGCUGUCAAUAAACUCUGGAUGGUUCUGAACACUGUCAUGCCCAGAAGGUUGUGGGUGAUGACUGUUAAUGCCCUGCAGCCUUCAGCAAAAAUAGUGCGACAGCAGAAAUACACCCAGAAUGAUCUGAUGAUUGAUCCUCUGAUUGUACUGAGGUGUGAUCAGAGAGUUCACAGGAGUCCUCCUCUGAUGGAUAUCAUUUUGCACAUGUUGAAUGGAUAUCUUCUUGCUUCCAAAGCUUACCUUAAUGCUCACCUGAAGGAAACAGCAGAGCAGGACAUUAGGCCAUCCCAAAACAAUGCAAUGGGUCCAGAAGCCCCAGAAGUUACAAGGGAAGAGUUAAAAAAUGCUUUGCUUGCUGCUCAGGACAGUGCUGCUGUGCAGAUCCUUCUGGAGAUCUGCUUGCCUACAGAAGAAGAGAAGGGCCAGAGCAGCAGUGCUGAGGAUUUACUGGGGGAUGUGCAGAGCCCCCCGAGCCCACAGGCUGCUGAGGCAGAGGAGGAGGAGCAGAGUUUGCUGUGCAACCUGCGGGAGGUGCAGUGCCUCAUCUGCUGCCUGCUGCACCAGAUGUACAUUGCUGACCCCAACAUCGUCAAACUCGUGCACUUCCAGGGUUAUCCAUGUGAACUUCUGGCACUGACAGUGGCUGGGAUCCCAUCCAUGCACAUCUGUCUGGAUUUCAUUCCUGAGCUCAUUGCCCAGCCUGAACUGGAAAAGCAGAUCUUUGCCAUCCAGUUGCUCUCCUACCUGUGUAUCCAGUAUGCUCUGCCCAAAUCCCUCAGCGUGGCUCGUUUGGCCAUCAAUGUGAUGGGGACCCUGCUCACAGUUCUGACCCAGUCCAAACGUUACACGUUUUUCAUGCCCACCCUGCCUUGCUUGGUGUCCUUCUGCCAAGCCUUUCCUCCCCUGUAUGAGGACAUCAUGUCCCUGCUGAUCCAAAUUGGACAAGUUUGUGCCUCUGAUGUUGCUACACAGACACGAGACUUCGACCCCAUCAUCACCCGUCUCCAGCAGCUGAAGGAGAAGCCACAUGAUUUCUCAGGACUCUGUAAAGAUUCCUCCAGCAAAAGCUGUUCCAGGGACACUGCAAGCCUGGACCCUGAUGUUCGGCUGUGCCAGUGUGUGGAAAACACCAUCAUUGAAAUAAUCAACAUGAGUGUCAGUGGAAUUUAGGAAAAACUCCAGGGAAGUUGUCCUGUAGCUUUUCCCUCUCUUAAUGGUGCCUAAAUUUGGAAAAAGCUGUGAAAGUGGACUGAGGAGCUGGAGGAAAAGUCCACAUUUUUCAUUCAUUGAUUCAGUCACGGCAGAGAAGAAAAUCCUUUCAACAGGAUUUUGUUGGUUCCAGUGAGAACUUCUGAGGCUGAAGACAUCAGUAAAUAAUUUCCAGGGAAACAGUGAUUUUCAGGCUUGCUCAGCUCCUGAAGUGACAGAGCAACACACCUGGAAGGGUUUUAUAACACUGAAAAGUGAAUAUUUAUAUUGUUGGGCAAACAGCAAAAUGAUGGGUGAGAAAAAUUUUGAGAUUGAAGUGCUUUUCUUGAGGUAAAUGAGCUGCUGUUACAGAGCCUUGCAGAGCUAGUUGGAAUAAAGUACUCCAAGGAAUACUUGAAAAAGUGAUGUCAAAAUCUUGCACCAUCAUAUGAGUUCUAAGAAAAUUAUAACAUUUAUUGGUGUGUUAAACCAUUGGUUCAAAUUCAGUUCAUGAGGUCGGGAACUUAAAGAUCAACCAGCCUUCACUGAGAGUUUGAAACUGGUCUAAAAGUUUCUUAAAAAAAAAAGUACUGUUAGUAAAAUUGAAUGGUAGAAAUGGGAUUUUUAAAGAAUACAGCUCAGAUGGUUUUGUGAUUUUUAACUUAAAAAAGAUGAAAAUUACUUGAAGGAGUCACAGACUCUUAGCAGAGGUGUCUUGAGCUGUCAUCAGGAUAAGAUUAAAGAAAUGGAUGCUGAGGGUGACUGGGCAGAGGAAUAAGGAGAGGAGGAACAGGUUUCAGCCAUGCCAAAGCAAUUCCAAGGCCAAAUCCUUUCUGCUCCAUCGUGGAGUUGGUUGUUCUUUCCUGUGUAAGGAUGGAAUUCCCUCAUGGAAAUGUGGGAAACCCCUGUGGGUUUGUGUUCCAGGAUUCCUGCCGUAACACCCCCUUAUCACCAUCUGCCUACUGAGUGUAUUUUUGUCAUCUUUAUGUAAAUUAUGUAAAUAAAUGUAUGUAUUUUUUUCCUCC